AUGGAUUAUCAAAGUAGACAGUUAGCAGAAGACUUCUUCUUGCGUGAACCCGUUGAUGCCCGCAUAAGGAAGCCCAAAAAUGAGCCCGAGGAAGAUUCUCAUCCGCAUCUUAAAGUUGAAAUGCAAACAAUUCGCCUCAGUUCCGAUUCACAGAAGCUUGUUUUGGAUACAUUAAGGUUUAUUCACGGACCUGAAUUUAAACUUGGCAGUGCAAGCAUAUAUAAGGAUAAAGGUUCAAACUUGGGUAAUCGUUUCUGGAUGGAAAGAGGUAAUCUAGUGGUGCAAGGUGGAUGUGAUUAUUCUCUAACAGUAAAGCCUGACAUUGAGACAUCAGAAGCUAGAUUAAGGGCUUUUGCUUUAUCCAAAUUAGAGAAAUAUAAUUUUCAUAAAGCACAUUGUGUAGAGGCACUAGAAGUGGCUGCUGAGAAUCUCGAAAAGUCGUUGGAAAUUCUAUUCAUUAAAUAUUUUAAAUUAGACUUGCAAAACAAACCAGAGAACCUACCGUCAACUUCAGAUUUAUUGGAAAUGAGAAUGGAUGAAAAGGCUGUGUUAGAAUCAAUUUAUGAUAAUAGUUUUAAAGUAAAAGACACUAAUGUAUGGUCUGUAAGUUUAAACUUAGAUUACUUAACUAAAAUGUACGAAAAUAAAGCUGUGGCUACACCAAAGAAAAAAGAAAAUAUAAAUUACAACAGUAACUUUAAAAAGAAAAAAGAAGUGUGUAAACUUUACCUUAAAGGACCUUGUAGAUUCGGCGCCAAGUGCAAAUUCUCACAUGAAAUUAACAACGAAAGUAGUGUUCCUAAUGACGCAGAAACCGAAAACGAUAAAAAGAUAACUUAUGAAUUAGAGGUAAGGUUUCCUGAAGAUACUGCUUACCCCUACCAACCACCAUUAAUCUUCUUUAAAGUAGAAAGUCCUACAAACAUUAUACCUGAACUAAUUCUUCUUAGAAUAACUGCAAGACUUCUAGAAGAAGCAAAAAUCUUAGCACAAGAUGGUAUACCCAGUAUUUAUUCAUUGGUAGAACUUUUAAACAAUGAGGAAGAAAUAUUAAACUUUAUUCAAUUUGAUACUAGAACAUUUCCAGAUGCUUCUGAAGCCUUGUUUCCACAACUGAUUGAAGACCCUAACUUAAACAAGGAAAAACAACCAUCGCACUAUAAGAAAGGACAAGCAAAUAAUAAUAGAUCUAAGGUAGACUUUGAAGAAAUUUUAAAAGAGAACAAAGAAAUAGCUAAAAGAUGGCUAGAAAAGCGUGAUAAUAAUAGAUACAAUAAAAUGAUGUCAGACAGGAGAAGACUUCCUGCUUGGAAUAAGAGGAAAGAAAUAUUAAGUGCUAUGGAAAUAUCACAGGUUAUUGUUAUAAGUGGUGAAACAGGCUGUGGCAAAAGUACACAAGUACCGCAAUACAUUUUAGAUGAUUGGUUAGAUAAUUUCAACAAGGGUGGCAAGCAACAUGUGGAAAUAGUCUGCACCCAGCCUAGGCGAAUAUCAGCAAUUGGUGUCGCUGAUAGAGUAGCAGAUGAGAGAGUAGAGAAAACAGGACAGGUUGUAGGUUACCAGAUAAGGUUGGAAAGUAAGGUAUCUUCCAAAACCAGAUUAACAUUCUGUACAACGGGGAUCCUUUUACGAAGACUUGAAUAUGACCCUCAAUUGAAUUCUGUCACUCAUGUCAUAGUAGAUGAAGUGCAUGAAAGGUCUGAAGAGAGUGACUUUUUGUUACUGAUACUAAGAGAUCUUAUCAAAGUGAGAAUAGAUCUAACAGUCAUUCUAAUGAGUGCAACAUUGAAUGCAGACUUGUUUUCGGAUUACUUUAACAAGGUUCCAGUUCUAGAGAUACCAGGAAGAACUUUCCCAGUUGAACAAUUGUUUUUGGAGGAAAUUAUGGAAGUGACCAAUUAUGUUUUAGAAGAAAAUGGACCAUUUGCACGCAAAAUGAAAAAAGGAGAUAAGGACAAAAGGCAAGAUUUGGAAACCGAGUUGGAAACUUGUGACGUACGUUCGGAGGCAACUGAGCCACCCAAAGUCUCUAUCCGAGAUGAUAAUUUAACUGUGUCACAGAUAUUAGCAAGAUAUCCACACUGUAGUAAAAUUACUUGCAAGAACUUAUACCUUAUGGAUUCUGAAAAGAUAAAUCUGGAGCUUGUCGAACAUGUGUUAACGUAUAUCGUGGAAGGAGACCAUAAAUGGCCGAGAGAAGGUGCCAUCUUAGUAUUUUUACCGGGUAUUGCUGAAAUAAUGACUUUGCAUGACCAGUUAGUUGAGAGCCAUACUUUUAGUCCUAAAACUGGAAAAUACAUUCUAGUGCCGCUCCAUUCGACGUUAUCUAGCGAAGAACAGGCGCUAGUUUUCAAAAAACCAAGACCUGGAGUUCGUAAAAUAGUGCUGUCCACAAACAUUGCAGAAACUUCUGUAACUAUCGACGAUUGUGUAUUUGUAAUAGACUGUGGAAGGAUGAAAGAAAAAAGGUUCGAUUCAAACCGCAACAUGGAGUCACUGGAUCUGGUAUGGGUUUCGCGGGCAAAUGCUAAGCAACGUCGAGGCAGAGCUGGUCGAGUUAUGCCCGGAGUGUGUGUACACUUGUUCACAUCCCAUCGGUAUCAGUACCAUUUCUCCGAGCAGCCCGUACCGGAGAUACACAGGAUACCAUUGGAACAGCUGCUAUUAAAAGUCAAAAUCUUGCCUCUGUUUCGAGAUAUGAGUGUACACGAGGUUUUAGAUAAAACAAUAGAGCCACCAAUAAAGUCGAACAUAGAUGGCGCUCUUGCUCGGUUACAAGAUGUCGGCGCGCUGGACAAGUUUUUCUCUCUGACUGCACUGGGAAAACAUUUAGCUGCUUUGCCAGUGGAUGUACGGAUAGGGAAACUUAUGCUGUUUGGUGCUAUAUUCUGUUGUGUGGACUCGGCUCUAACGAUCGCGGCUUGCUUGAGCCAUAAAAGUCCUUUUGUUGCACCUUUUGGGAAGAAGUCAGAAGCUGAUGCUAAAAGAAGAGAGUUUGCUUGCUCAAACAGCGAUCAGUUGACAACAUUACGGGCCUAUAGGAAAUGGCAGCUCGCGAUGAAAUCAAGUACGCACGCCGCUUUAGUAUUCGCCAGUGAAAACUUCUUAUCUCAUAAAACAUUGAUGAUGUUGGCUGAUAUCAAGCAUCAAUUGCUUGGUUUGCUAGCGUCUAUCGGCUUUGUGCCAGACAUGCCAGCUCUGAGGCGGAAGAUGAGGAAGGACUCCGUAGCCAGUUUAACCGGGGAAGAGUUGAACUCAAAUGGUAAUAAUGAUAAACUACUAGCGGCCAUUUUAUGUGCAGCCUUAUAUCCAAACGUUGUAAAGGUGUUAACCCCGGAGAAAUCUUUCCACAAGCAAAUAGGGGGCGCAAUACCAAGGCAACCAAAUCCCGACGAGUUGAAAUUCAAGACGAAAACUGACGGCUAUGUCGCGUUGCAUCCUUCUUCCAUCAAUUCAGUAGUUGGCUACUUCGCCAGCCCUUAUCUAGUAUACCAGGAGAAGGUGAAAACGUCGAGGAUUUUUAUCAGAGAGUGCUCUAUGGUACCACAGCUGCCGUUGGUGUUAUUUUCAGGUUGCAAUUUGGCUGUCGAAUUACAUAGUGGGACGUUCACCGUAUCAUUAGAAGAUGGUUGGAUAAUGUUCCAAGUGGAAAAACAUGAGGUCGCAGAAAUGCUAAAAACUAUAAGAGUGGAGCUGAUUAAUCUGUUAGAAGAGAAAAUUAAUGAUCCAUGUUUGGAUCUGUUGCAUUAUGAGAAAGGUAACAGGAUUAUAAAAACUAUUGUACAGAUUGUAAGUAAGGAUUAG